AGGCAAUGCCUAUUUGCCUCGUACAAAGGUUCGGCCCUCCUUUUGUGAAAAUUGAAAAACCCUAAAGCUUCUUGUUGCCCUGAUACAUCAUUUCUCGCCUAUAUAUACUCUCAAAGUGAUCAGAAUCAUCCCUGCUUUGUAUACUCUUCUCUUUGCCCGGCCGCACAUUCACUCAUCUAAAGAAAGUCUGGAGUAUUGUAAAUCCGUGGUUGAUUUUAAAUAGACGUGUGAGAACCAACAAUUUUGAAGAUCUCGAUGUCUUUUGUUAUCUCAUCUCUGUUUGUGCCAUAAUCCACCAUGGGUAAGGAAAAGGUUCACAUUAGCAUUGUUGUCAUUGGCCAUGUUGACUCUGGGAAGUCAACCACCACUGGUCAUUUGAUCUACAAGUUGGGAGGUAUUGACAAGCGUGUGAUUGAGAGGUUUGAGAAGGAGGCAGCUGAGAUGAACAAGAGGUCCUUCAAGUACGCAUGGGUUCUUGACAAACUCAAGGCUGAACGUGAGCGUGGUAUCACAAUUGAUAUUGCUUUGUGGAAAUUCGAGACCACAAAGUACUACUGCACUGUCAUUGAUGCUCCUGGACAUCGUGACUUCAUCAAGAACAUGAUUACUGGAACCUCUCAGGCUGAUUGUGCUGUUUUGAUCAUUGAUUCCACCACCGGUGGUUUUGAAGCUGGUAUUUCCAAGGACGGUCAGACCCGUGAACAUGCUUUGCUUGCUUUCACUCUUGGUGUGAAGCAAAUGAUUUGCUGCUGCAACAAGAUGGAUGCCACAACCCCGAAAUAUUCGAAGGCUAGGUAUGAGGAAAUUGUGAAGGAAGUGUCAUCCUACCUGAAGAAGGUCGGAUACAACCCUGACAAGAUCCCCUUUGUUCCAAUCUCUGGUUUUGAGGGUGACAACAUGAUUGAGAGGUCAACAAACCUUGACUGGUACAAGGGCCCAACCCUUCUCGAGGCUCUAGACCAGGUCAACGAGCCGAAGAGGCCAUCUGACAAGCCCCUCCGUCUACCUCUUCAGGAUGUCUACAAGAUUGGUGGCAUUGGUACUGUACCUGUUGGCCGUGUUGAGACAGGUGUGAUUAAGCCCGGUAUGGUGGUCACUUUUGGGCCAACUGGUCUGACCACUGAAGUGAAGUCUGUUGAGAUGCAUCAUGAGUCUCUUCCAGAGGCACUUCCUGGUGACAAUGUGGGAUUCAAUGUUAAGAAUGUUGCUGUCAAGGAUAUCAAGCGUGGCUAUGUUGCGUCUAAUUCCAAAGAUGACCCUGCCAAGGAAGCUGCCAGUUUCACCUCACAGGUCAUCAUCAUGAACCACCCUGGUCAGAUAGGAAAUGGCUAUGCCCCAGUUCUCGACUGCCACACCUCCCACAUUGCUGUCAAGUUCUCUGAAAUAUUGACUAAAAUUGAUAGACGGUCCGGUAAGGAGCUUGAGAAGGAGCCGAAGUUCUUGAAAAAUGGAGAUGCUGGGAUGGUGAAGAUGGUUCCCACCAAGCCCAUGGUUGUGGAGACCUUUGCUGAGUACCCUCCUCUUGGUCGUUUUGCAGUGAGGGACAUGCGGCAAACUGUUGCUGUUGGAGUCGUCAAGAGUGUGGAGAAGAAAGAUGCUACUGGUGCUAAGUUUACCAAGUCCGCAGUGAAGAAGAAAUGAAUUGUGUUUUUGCUUCCUCCCAAUGUGUUGCUUUGGUUAAUGUGUUGUCCUUUAAUACCUCAUUUUUUUGGUGCCAGUUCUCAGAAUUGGGUACUGGAUAGGCGAUGGCGAGACAUUACUUUUCUGUUGGACCUUAUUUUGUGAGUAUUUUUGUAUUGGGUGCCCUUUGCUAUCUUUAAGUCAGUGGCUCUCAGAGUUUUGUUGUCUUUUACGGAGUAGUUUAUGACCUUUAUGUUGGACUUUAAUGGAAAUGUAUGUCUGGUUUCCUAGCUUAUACUCUAUGUUAUAAUGUGUAUGUUUGAGCUGUGUAGUUCAUGAAGGGCAUAUCUAUAGUUCUAUAUAGUAAACUUGAGUUGUAAACAGAUGACGUGUCACAAUCUUAUUGGUUAACAAUAAUUUAUUAU